AUGUCUGUAACAGUCCGUAUUCCAACCCCGCUGAGACGUUUAACCCAAAGCUUGGCGGAGGUCGAAGCAGAAGGUGCCAAUAUUGAAGGCAUCAUUGACAACCUUGAAGCGAGUUAUCCGGGGAUGAAAGAACGUCUCUGUGACGAAGGCGGAAAUAUCCGCCGGUUUGUAAACAUCUAUCUCAACGAUGAAGACAUCCGUUUCCUUGAUGGAAAAUCCACCAGUGUCGCAGAUGGUGCUGAAAUCUCAAUUAUUCCCGCGAUUGCUGGCGGACGCAAUCUGUCUUAA